AUGUUCUCUGCUGCUGGUGCCGUCGGCACAAUCCCCUCAGCAUAUCCCGGAACACUCAUUUCCAAUAUUCUCGCUGGUACUCCUCUACUAGCUAGCACAACGCCAUUCUCCUCUGACCAUCCCAGCAGCGGGAUGCUGAAUGGUAUUCUGGCAAACGCUCGACACAGCAUGCUGGAAAUGCUCGACAAGACGCUCGCUCUAGUAUCAGUCUCCGAGCAAUGGAUUAAAGAAAUUCCUAACGUGCCCACUACAGAGAGGGAAGUCGCUCAGUGCGCAGCCUUUCAGAAACAGGCCCUAAUCUCUUGCAGAAUGGCUUUGGAGAAUUCGCGUCUUGCCAACAACGCCUUCAUGAACUCUAAUGGGUGCGCCAGAGAGGAAAUCAAUCGUUUCGAGAGCGAGAUUGCUCUGCUGAAAAACAGAGUCUUGAGCGUAGAAACUCAAUACGAUCAGGAGAUUAACCAAGUGCGCCCACCUCAAUUCGCGAUGUUUCAAAACUUGGGACUCGGCCAGCCCACUGAUGGCACGAAACUCGACGAGCUUAAAGCGCUAAGGGACUCUGAAAUAGUUAAGCUCAGAAAUCAAAUCGUCAGACGCACUCAAGACUUGCAAACCAUCAACCAAUCUAUAACAAAUUUAGGCUUAUGGGUCGAACUCUGCGAGCGGGCAGGUGGUUAUCUUGGGUCUAUUUACAACAUUCUUACAGCUAUUGGAUAUAGCAAUGAUACCGAUGCCGUCGCAUUCAAGGAGCUGAUGGGAAUCCAGUGGGAUCAGAUCCACAAGGAGGCUGAGGAGGUGAAAUCGUUUCUGCACUACGGCCUUGCUUCCGCAGUUACGCACCCAAACGAAGAACUCAACCAUCAUCUAGUGCAACAUCAACAAGCUACAGAGGAUCAUGUAGUUGGCAUUAUCGGAUACUUUGACAAGAUCUCCAACUACAAAUUCGCCGUCCUCGAUAUUAUAAACUGCAUUCGCGAAGCGUAUAUCCAACCAGCCGCCAUGCACUACAACACCGUCUAG